AUGAAGAAGAAGGUUUCUGAUAUUUGGCACGAACAAAGCGCCUCUACCGCAAAAGAGAAUGACACUAUCAAACAUCGGUCUACCAUAUUUCAUGAACUCUUCCAUGCUGACAUCCCGGAUUCUGAGAAAAGCCCCAAUCGAAUGUGGCAAGAGGGUCAGAUAGUGAUUGGAGCAGGCACUGAAACAACAGCUUGGACUCUUACGGCAACGAUGUUCUUCAUAUUGAAUAAUCCAGAGGUAUUGGCAAAGCUGACCGAGGAACUGGAAAAAGCCAUUCCGGCCUGCUAUGACCAACCUUCAUGUCGUGUAUUGGAGGGACUACCCGUAUACAAUGCGGUAAUUCAAGAAGGAUUGCGGCUGUCGCACGGAGUUGCUACUCGCCUUCAACGAAUCAAUCCACAGGGCCCCUUAACAUUUCGACAAAGUUUCGCGGAUUCUCCAAAGGAAGAGAAGAUCUGGACAAUCCCCACUGGAACUCCAGUCGGUAUGACUGCGGUUGUAGUUCAUCUUAACGAGGAGUUGUUCCCCGAACCACUGGAAUUUCGACCCAAACGUUGGCUUGACGAGGAUGGUAAACGCGAUCCGCGUCUUGAAAAAUACAUAAUGUCGUUCUCGAAAGGUAGUCGACAGUGUAUUGGCAUUAAUCUAGCAUUCUCUGAGUUGUAUAUGGGAGUUGGGAUUUUGGUACGAAGACUAGGAGGCAGACUGCGGCUUUUCGAAACAGAUCGAACAGAUGUCGAUAUGGUUGAAGAUUGCUUCGUACCAGUACCCAAAAGAGACUCAAAAGGUGUUCGCGUAAGACUAAGUAAGUAA